CAAACCCCCGCACCAUCUCUCCACUCGGUCUGUUUUUCCAUACCGUACAGUCUGAACACACCGGCACGAAAUGGAUACGGAAGGGAGCCAGAGCAGCCUGUCCUCCACGGACUCCCCUCACGACCCCUGCAAAAUGUUCAUAGGCGGUCUCAGCUGGCAGACGACACAAGAGGGAUUGAAAGAGUACUUUUGCAAGUAUGGCGAGGUGAAGGAGUGCAUGGUGAUGCGGGAUCCAGUUACCAAGCGCUCUAGGGGUUUUGGAUUUGUCACGUUUGUUGACCAGGCCGGUGUGGAUUCAGUUUUGGCAGUAACCAGGCAUGAGUUGGAUUCAAAAACAAUUGAUCCGAAAGUUGCAUUCCCUCGUAGAGCCCAGCCCAAGCUCGUGACUCGGACCAAGAAGAUUUUUGUUGGAGGUCUGUCCGUGAACACGACCAUUGAGGAUGUCAAGGCGUAUUUCGAGCAGUUCGGAAAGGUUGAUGAUGCCAUGCUCAUGUUUGACAAGACCACCAACAGACACAGAGGGUUUGGCUUUGUCACGUUUGAGAAUGAGGAUGUGGUGGAGAAAGUGUGUGAGAUGCACUUCCAUGAGAUAAACAGCAAAAUGGUGGAGUGUAAGAAGGCUCAGCCCAAGGAAGUGAUGUCACCCACGGGCUCGGCCAGGGGGCGCUCUCGGGUGAUGCCCUACGGCAUGGAUGCCUUCAUGCUGGGCAUCGGCAUGCUGGGUUACCCAGGGUUUCAGACAGCUACGUAUACUAGUCGAAGUUACACUGGCAUCACCCCUGGAUAUACCUAUCAAUUCCCUGAAUUCCAUUUAGAGAGGACCCCCCUUCUGACAUCACCACACCCCCCUACCCUAUCAGCCAUUCCUCUGUCGGCAUACGGACCAAUGGCAGUGGCGGCAGCUGCAGUAGCAAGAGGCUCCGCCCCCUCUCGCUCUGGGGGGUUCAGCAGCCCUGGGCCAAUGGCAGACUUAUAUGCAGCAGCCAAUCAGGAGUCUGCUGUCAGCAGUUACCUCAGCGCUGCAAGCCCCUCCCCAAACACUGGGUUCGGCCAUAGUCUGGGGGGUCCUCUGAUUGCUACGGCCUUCACUAAUGGCUACCACUGAGAGAAGCUGUGAACUGAGAGAUGGAAAGCUUUGAACUGGUCUGACAAGCCUCUGGCUGUGUGACUCUGCAGGUGCAGUGGGAGCACUGACCCUUGACCCCUGAUGUCCACGCCCCUCCUCCCACUGAGGAUCUCUUUUCUUCAGACUUCCUGUAUUCGGUUUUAACAUCCCCUCCUGUCUAACAUGUUACUGUAGUUAGCAGAAAGGAACAACAACCUUUAAAAAUAUAUAUUUCUGCUUGUAUUAGAAAAACAUGCAGAUAAUUCUAGCUACUUUUUUAUUUUAUUUCAUUUGACUGUUUUGUGGAAAUUGUCAUGUAUUCUCGUAUGUCUUAAUUAUUAUUUUUUAUUUUUUUUCCAUUUGAUUCUUUUGUCAGAAGGUGUUUUAUUGAGAGGCAGCGAGGGAGAAAAAGUGAUCUCCAGGUACGGAAUAUGUGAAGGACUGGAGCAAGUAUUUGUACUGAAUAAAUGUAUAUUUAUCUUUCAGUACAUACAGAACAUUGCUGAUAAUACCAUAUUUUUUUGUAUGUAUUACAAAGUUGAAAAAUGUAUAUCUUGGUAGGUUUUUAACAAACAUUUGUUAUACUAAUAAUGAUAAAAGUAACUAAAUUGAUAGUCAUGAGCCUAUUUCCAGUCAGAUUUGAACUGCGUGAUAUCUGUUUUUUUGUAAAAUAUUGUAAAUAUAACUGUCUUUUGGAUUCUGCAAAAAAUGAGGGGUAUUGGGAAGGCAGUGAUGGUAUUUGUUUUCAGCAGAUGUUUUUUAACUUUCAUUCAUACUGUUCGGCGUUGGCCACUCAUACAUAUCAUAGUAUCAUAGUGUAUUUGUGUGAUUCCUAAUCUUUAGCUGUCUGAGUUGUUAGACUGGUCCAGGUAUGACAGAGUGAAAGGGUUUGCUCCUAUACUGUGAAUUCACGCAGGAACCACUUAUCAGCACCGGGAGUGAGAAAGCUUGUGGGGAUAUUAGUAGGCUUAAAACUGUUUCUUUCAUCCUUACUUGGAACUUAUUUCAUUGUUGUUUUUAGAAUUAUCAUUUUGAAUAUGUGGUGGUUGUAAAGGAAAAUGAAGGACAAACAUGCAGGAACCAGUCGUAAAAACAGUUUCACAGUGGUAUGAUUUCACGGCUAGAUUCUUUCGCAGAUUGUGUUGUGUGACUGCGCGUUUGUGUGUUUGCAUUGUAUGGCUAUGCGGUCACACUGGAAUUAGGUGUGAAAUGUAUUGUCAGGGAAUGGAUACAUUGGUGGCAAAUGUGAAUUUAUCAUCUUCUUUCUGGUUUGUUAAUGAACGUCCUUGUCUCUGCCGAUGUGUGGAGAGGAUUCGUUCAUUUGUUUCAGUGCUAAAUUAACACUCUCAGAGGUGGUCCUGAGGCUCUUCCAUGAUGAGAUUGUAUGUAUUUCUCCUCAACCCCCCUUCUCCACACUGACCGAUACGCUGUACAUCUACUGGAUGACAUCGACUGGAGCCAUGAAACUCAUGAGAAGCUAUAUACUUUUUAAAAAAUGUUACCUUUUUGCAAUGGGAGGUUAGAUAAGGAGUUUUACUUUUGUGGUUAGUUUAAGAACAAGAGGCGCUGUCAAUUUCUAUCACCAAGUUGUAGAUGUUGAUAUUUUUCUAAGCCUGCUGAUAUAUUGCCAUGGUGUUGCAGCCUUUGGACUCUGUGUUUACUCUGAAAGGUUCUUGUCAACACUGUAACCCUCUUAAACAUUUUUACAAUUCCUAAUAAAUUAUUUUUAAACAUUCUA